AUGUUGUCUGUAACUUCUCUGGCCUGGCUGGCCAUUGCGCCUUGCUCCAUCCUGGGAGCCUCUAUUACGCCCAGGGAUGGCAGCGACUUUGACGUCAAGUCGCUCUCACUGCGCGAGGUUGGCGCUCGCAACACACUGGAUUGGCGCAUGUGGCUCGAAAAGGACGGCAACCCCAUCUCCUUCUGGCACGACAUCCCGCUCUACCCGAACAAGACCGACGACAGCAUCGUCCAUUUUUACGUCGAGAUUCCUCGCUGGACGGACGCCAAGAUUGAGACGAAGCGCGACGAGCCGCUGAAUCCCAUCUUCCACGACGACAAGAAGAAGAAGCCGCGAUUCGUCGCUAGCGUCUGGCCGCACCGGUCCUACCCGUUUUUGUACGGAUCGUUCCCGCAGACCUGGGAGAACUCGAAUGUGAAGCACAACAUCUCGGGCCUGCCUGGUGACAAUGACCCGAUGGACGUCUUUGACAUUAGCGGUCUGGACCCUGGCUACGUUGGCCAAGUGAGAAAGGUCAAGGUUUUGGGCGGCCUGGCCAUGAUUGACGACGGCACCACCGACUGGAAGGCCAUUGUCAUCAAUGUCGACGACCCGCUCUCCAAGGUGGUCAACAGCGUGGAGGACCUCGAAAAGUACCGACCUGGGUUGAAGAAGCAAUUCUACGACUGGUUCACCUACUACAAGGUCGUCAAGGGCGACGGCCUCAACACCAUCGUCGGCAAGGACUACAAGGACGCCGCCUACAUGCGCGAGGCCAUCGCCGAGAGCCACGGCUUCUGGCAGGACCUCAUCCUCGGCAAGGAGAAGCACGACAAGAUUAGCACGCGGCAGACGUCCAACCCACGGGCGUGCAAGAGCUACAUCCCCAGCAAGAACGCCACCAAGGAGUUUGACAUUCCCGAAAAGUCCAAUGUCCUGCCCCCCGCAGCGAAGCCGAAGCAGUACGACUACUGGUACUAUCUCGACAAGGACUUUAACGUCAUUCCGGGGCAGGUCAUUGAUGUGCAGUAG